UCUCUCUAUAUAUAUAUAUAUAUAUAUAUAACCACCAAAACAACAAAAUAUGAGAAUUAAGCAAGCAAACACCUCUCUCUCCCUUUCUCUUUCUCUGUCUUUCUGAGCAAACACAGUGUCACAAUGUCAACAUUAAUGUGGGUUAGAACCCUGUAUCUCACGCUUACACUAACGCAGCUCUCAGUGGACUCCUUUCCAGUCUCUGAUAAGAUAGUGAGUCUUCCUGGGCAGCCCAUGGUCAGUUUUCAACAAUUCUCUGGCUACGUUACCGUCGAUGAAAAGCAGCAGAGAUCUCUUUUUUAUUACUUUGUUGAAGCAGAAAACGACCUACGUCACUCAAAGCCUCUCGUACUCUGGCUUAACGGAGGACCUGGUUGUUCAUCUGUUGGAGCUGGUGCUUUCAUUGAACAUGGACCCUUCAAACCUAAUGCUGGAGACUCCCUUUUCGAAAAUGAUUACAGUUGGAACAAAGAAGCCAACAUGUUAUACUUGGAGUCACCAGCGGGAGUUGGUUUCUCAUAUUCUACUAACAAAUCAUUCUAUACCACUUUGAAUGAUGCUAUUACAGCUCAAGACAGUCUCACAUUCCUGCAACGCUGGUUUACUAAAUUCCCGGAGUACAAGAACAGACACUUUUUCAUUGCAGGAGAGAGUUAUGCAGGUCACUAUGUGCCACAGCUUGCCCAGCUCAUUGUCAACUCCAAAGAAAAGUUCAAUUUGAAAGGAAUUGCUCUGGGGAACCCAUCUCUAGAAUUUAAUAUCGAUCUGAAUUCAGAGGACGAGUACAAUUGGAACCAUGGGGUGAUAUCCGAUUCAAGCUAUGAGCUUCUGACCAAAGUUUGUAACAGUUCUCGGUUUAGGAGAGAGUUAACAACAGCAGGUCCGCUUUCAGAAGAAUGUAUUCGUGUAUUUACACAAGUUCUUCAAGAGCAGACUCAAUACAGAAAUGAUUUGGAGUAUUUUGUAACGGGAGAUGUUUGUCUAUCAUCUUCAGUAUCAGAUGAUGAUUAUAAUGAUCAAGCACUCAAUAAAUCACUUUACCCAGCACUAUCAAUGCCAAAUCUAGAUCACCUUUUACCACCGUCUCUCAAAUUGCAGUUAGAGAAAGCUCAUCAUCAUCAUCUGAAUUUACAUGGUCAUGAUGAUCAACAGCAAGUUACACAUAAAUAUCAGAAGAGCGAUGCCUGCGCACAGCAAGAAGUUGCUAAAUAUUUAAACAGGAAAGACGUGCACAAGGCUUUCCAUGCUCAGCUUUUUGGAGUUAAACAAUGGAAUUUAUGUAACAGGGAUGUGCAAUACGUUGUUGACCAGGAAUUACCAACAAUUCUGGUUGUAGGCUCCCUUGUUAGAUCUGGCAUCCGGGUCUUGGUUUACAGCGGUGAUCAAGAUGCAGUGAUCCCAUUUUUUGGCACUCGACGUUUGGUAAAUCGAUUAGCAAAGGACUUGGGACUCGAAACAACUGACCCUUACAGAGCUUGGUUUGAGAGCAAACAGAUUGGAGGAUGGACACAAGUUUAUGGUAAUAACAUCCUAUCCUUUGCCACCAUUAGAGGAGCUUCUCACACAGCACCAGCUGCACAGCCAGAACGAUCUCUAUUGUUAUUUAAAUCAUUUCUAGCUGGAAAAUCCCUGCCAAAAGCAUGACUUGUGAGUGGAUAAGGACUAUCAAUGUAAAAUCUAAUAACUAAAUAAAAAACAAAGUCAUUGCAUUUGAUUU